AUGGCAACCAACGCAAUUGACUUUUAUUCUCACCGUGAUGGCCCCAACCCUUGGAAGAAUAUUAUUCUUUUCGAGGAACUGGGAAUUCCUUACAACGCUACAUACCUCACCUUUGGAGAUGCCAAUGGUGGUGUUGAGCACGAAGACUUUUUGAAGAAAAAUCCAGCUGGACGUGUCCCAUGGAUUAAGGACCCCACAACCGGCAUUGAGCUGACAGAGUCCAACCUGAUCAGCGAAUAUUUGGUUGAUCAUUACGAUAAGAAGGGUAUUUUUAGCGUGGAGGGCGAGCAGAAUCAGCUUCUUGUCAAGCAAUGGCUCGGGUUUCAGGCGGCCUCACAGGGACCAUUCUUUGCCCAGGUAACUUUGGUCAAGAGGACCAUCACCACUGUUGACCGCGCCCUCAAAGGCAAGGAGUACCUGGUAGGAGACAAGAUUACUCUGGCUGAUCUGGCAUAUAUUCCUUGGGACCUGGCAUUGGAUACUGUUCUACAGGGCGAUGAAGAGUCUGCAACUGCUGAGGGCCGUAAGAAGUUAUGGCCUGACUGGUUUGCAUGGCACAACAGGGUCUUGCAGCGCCCUUCGGUGCAGAAGAUGCUCGCUAUUCAGAGGAAGGCCCAAGGUAAAGAGUAA